ACGAGAUUCGUCGGCAGGAGAUCGAGAAAAUGCAAUGCAAUCGGUCCCAUAUUGAGCAUAGCAAAAUAGCUUCCUGCUAGAAUUCGAACGAAUAAAAUGACCCAUAGAGCUUGUUGACGGCAGGGAACUACACAGUUCUUAUAUGCGUACAUCGAGUGUUGCGGUCUCGAGUCGCUGAGGAGAAGGAGGCGCGAAUGGAGAAGGGGAAUGUAACAGAAGACAUGUUGACUAUCAAUAUACGGUAUGUUCGACAUGACUUCCCCGUUAUAUCGAUGGGUUUCCCCGCUACAGCGGCACUUCGAGGAAACCCAGGCAUCAAACCAAGAAAGGACCUUGAGGGCGGGAGUGGUGGUACGAUGCUAUUGGAGUAGAGGACUGAUCAUCAACUCUAUUGACGAAUCUAUGACUGUUAUCGCUGCUCUCCAUGCAGACAAAUCUCGGCGGCGCAGGUUCCAGAGCUGUAUAUCUUCAAUAGAGUGAAUGUCAAUUUCUCGAUCCCGCAUUCCAGCCAACAAUCUAUGGAUCAAAGUCGGCUUGAUCGGCCAUGAAUGGCUUAAAAGCGCGGCAUCGUACAGCCUGGAAUUUCAUGUUUAUGAUGCCAUGUGUGUUGCAGGGAGGAAAUUAUGCGACCACAUUUGCAUCUCGAAAAUGAAGCAAAUCGACACAACUUUGUUCCCUCUCUAUAAAUUGUCCCUCUCUGUGCGGCGCUCAUCGACAGCAUAAAAGGGAAGGCCUACCCAGAGUCCUUUUCUCCUCGUCCCAAGUGUCAUUCUAAUAGGUCUACAUCAAUAGGAGUGAUCCACAGCAACAUUUUCACAAUGGUCAAACUUCUCAUCGUUAGCCUUCUUGCACUCUGUGCUUCUGCUGUUCCCCAGCAGGAAGACCCUGGCAACCGAAUCUGUGCGCAAUGGUGUGCCGAUAAUUUUGAAAAUCCUGGAAGGAUCUGCACUGCUCCAGCUGCCCGGGGCAGGGGCCCUUGCCAUAUCUGUGGUCCUUUCGGGCAAUCAGAGUCCCAGAAGCUAUGUGACGAACAGUGUCGUGAUACUGAUACUGAUCCACAACACUGUGGAGAAUGUGACACUCCAUGCCCUCAGGGACAAUCCUGUGUGGGUGGAAUGUGCCAACCAGCCUGUCCUGCUGGUCAGAGUCGAUGCCCUUCUGGCUGCAAAGAUCUCAAUACUGAUGAACAAAACUGUGGAGCGUGUGGCACUGUGUGUUCUCAGGGUCAAUCCUGUGUGGGCGGAAUGUGCCAACCAGCCUGUCCUGCUGGUCAGAGUCGAUGCCCUUCUGGCUGCAAAGAUCUCAAUACUGAUGAACAAAACUGUGGAGCGUGUGGCACUGUGUGUGCUCAGGGAUCCUGUGUGGGUGGAGUGUGCCAACCACCCUGUCCUCCUGGUCAGAGUCCAUGCUCUACUGGCUGCAAAAAUCUCAAUUCUGAUCCACAAAACUGUGGAAUAUGUGGCCAUGCAUGCCCUCAGGGACAAUCCUGUGUGGGUGGAAUGUGCCAAGCAGCCUGUCCUCCUGGUCAGACUCGAUGCCCUUCUGGCUGCAAAGAUCUCAAUUCUGAUCCGCAAAACUGUGGAGCAUGUGGGCAUGUGUGUACCCACGGAGUAUGCAGGGCAGGACGGUGCAGCCGCAAACAUUGCCCAGGCUCAAAAUUGUCACUGCUUCAUAUACUUAGGCUAAGUGAUGGUGGAGAGUGUGACACAUCAUGUGAAGGUGACAACUGUAUUUGAAGGAUACUUUGAGACCAUUACAGGGAACCUGCAGUGGUUUUUUCGGUUGUUUGUGUUUCCUAUGCACUGUUGUAUUUGCUUCACCUUGCUUCUUUUUCUCUGAAAAAGACUCGCUGGCCAAGCAGCAACGAGUCAAUUAAAUGUGCUGGCCAAUUUUUUUUGCUUAAAUCAGUUAUUAAUUAAAUGUCUCAAUUCUUGCAGCCCAUUGUGUAUCUUCACCGUCGUUAAAUCUUGGGGCAUUAGUGAUAUGAGUGGGGUUCAGAUAGCCGGAAUCAGCACCUCAAAAGCUUCGUGCAAUGAGUGUUGAAGCGGGGAUACUUAGCAGCCCAGGUAAAAUGAGAAAGGUUGGUGGGAAUGGAAUCGACGCGCCUAUUGAGCUUAUUGAUGGGAUUGCGAGGAAGAGCACUAAACAGGCCCAACCCGGCAAUCAUGUCGCAAGGGAUCAAAAAGGAAGGCCUGGUAGCUUUUACACAGAAAAAAAGAAAAAGCCGCUACGGGCAAGGAGGAGAUCUCUCUCGAAGAAAUAGAUAAAAGCAGCCUAGCUAGGGACUAAGAACAAUGAGGGGAUAGAGAAGAGAAGAACGAUAAAAGAAUAUCUUCAUCGCUUUGUACUUCGAAGAUUGUUCCCCUUCGAGUGUGCCUGUAGACUUCCAUUCCUAUGCACAUUUCCUUCUGACCUCCGAAACCCGUGCUAAAUCUCCUUACUAGAUAAAUAAACCAGCAGCCCAAUGAUCUCUUAUAGCAAUCCUUCAACAUCACAAUCGACCGCUUCAAACCUUCCAUAGAAUGCUAAAUCGCGGGAUGUUUUGAAAGCAGCUGCCCCUGCGAUCACCUGGGAGGGCGUCUAAACUUCCAGGAACUGGAAAAGUUCUCAAAUCAGGCUACAAGGCUGAGACACCCGUGAUAUCCACAGAUCAAGAGAUAUUGCGAGGAUCAGGUGAAGCCGCUUACACGAGAGGAGAUUGGCGUAUUGUUGGGUGGGUGCAUGGCCGUGGGAGUAUUGGUGAAUCGGAGGCGUACAGUGGCCGCGAAACAUCCUUGAAGUGGCCUUCCGUUCACUGCUCGAGCCUGAAAUUAAGUAAAACAUGUUAACGCAUUCGGUCUCCUUUACUUGCCGGCUUCGAGUCGGGAAGGGAUGAGUUUGGCAAAUUGGCUCGUCAAUUGUCCACCUUAGCCAAGGUAGGUAGCCGAGAGGACCGGAGGCAUGGGUGAUCUUCUGGAACAUUGACAGCUAAGGUUUAGUUAACUAUGCCACAAAAUGCGCAGAGGCGAGGUAUUGUUGCAGGGGUCGAACUUCCUAGGAGUAAUUAGCCAAGCCGCUAGAUCUCGGCCCGACCGCAAAUCUA